AUGUCCCUAAUCACCACGUCUGCACAUCUUUUAAAUAUCUCCUGGGAUGAUGGCUUCCAUGGGCAGACUCUGCCAGUGACUGGCAACCCUGCCGAUGGACCACACAGUUCCGUUCCCCUUAUUGUUCUUCUCCAACUUUGUAGAAUUUUAGCCAAUGUGGAAGGAAAGUUUGUGUAUUCAACUGUUAGACUUACUGAGAAGUUGAAACUGUAAUGCAUCUAUCCAAAAAAAGCCAUGAAAAUCCAGAUAUCCUGGUUGAAACUUAAUGUAAUUAAUAAAGAAAAUAUGGCAAUCUAUGGCAUAGGUAUUGAAGACAAAUACAAUGGAAGAAUUUAUUUUGAAAAUGUUUCCAGGGAAGAAAAGACCUUAUAGUUCAUUAAGAGCACUUUAGAGGAUGUUGUUCUUUACUUUUACUCCAUUGUAGCUUAUCCAGAUGGAAUCUGGGGAAAAGUAAUAGAAAUUAUUCAGCCAGCUGAUGCUUCUGAAGUAUCUGAGAAACAAAAUAAUCUCGUGUUUACCAAACCAGAAGGAAAUGUUGCUUUUACUUGCCCCUAUAAAUUUUGAGAUUCAGUGCACCAAGAGAUGUGGGAGAGGAUUAAAGCAGACUGGGUGGAUACUCUUGUUCUGUGAAACUCGUCAGGAAAGCAAAGCUUUGGUUCAGAUUUCAAAGAACAUGCACUGGUGGAUUGCUCUCAUCAGGCAAGCCCCAUGAUCAUCAGUCAAAACAUUAUAGCCUCUGACUUUGCAACCUACAGCUGCAUAGCUACUGGAAGAAACAAAACCUGUGUGAUGACUUUUACUGUGACUGCAUCUUGGGGUCACAAAUGGUUUAUUAUCUACAUAGCUGUAGGAAUAUCUUCUGUAGUCUUACUGUUAGUUUUCCUACUAAUCUUCUGCAUUAUACUGCUUAUCACAAGAAGCAGUUCUGUGGAGGAGGGAUCAUGA